AUGUCUGGAGAAAAGCGCCCAGCCCAAGAGGCCUUUGGGUCGUCCAGCCAGCUCGUGGUGAAGCGAAAGAAGUCCGAUGCCGACCUCAACCCGGGUACAGCUAUCGUGAAGGGCUCUUCACAGAAUGGAGCUCUGAUUCAAGCAAUCCCUCGUACCAGCGGCCUCGAUGCGCCAAUUAUGGAACUUACUGGUCACUCUGGAGAGGUCUUUACUGUUCGGUUUGACCCAACGGCACAACACAUUGCAUCCGGUUCGAUGGACCGGUCUAUUCUGCUCUGGAACACAUACGGCCAGUGCGAGAAUUACGGUCAAUUGACAGGCCACAAGGGUGCCGUUCUGGACCUUCAAUGGGCGCGCGAUUCACGAGCGCUUUUCUCAGCAUCGGCAGAUAUGACACUUGGAAGCUGGGAUGUGGAGACUGGUCAGCGUGUGCGCCGCCAUAUCGGCCACGAGGAGAUUAUCAACUGCCUUGACAUCAGCAAGCGUGGACAGGAGUUACUGGUGAGCGGCAGUGACGAUGGCUGCAUAGGAAUCUGGGACCCGCGGCAAAAGGAUGCGCUGGAGUACCUGGAGACCGAACUCCCCAUCACCGCCGUGGCCCUUUCGGAAGCAGGAAACGAGAUUUACAGUGGUGGAAUUGACAAUACAAUCCACGUGUGGGACCUGCGCAAGAAGGCCGUGGUUUACUCCAUGACUGGACACACCGACACAAUCACCUCUCUUCAGAUCUCCCCCGACUCUCAGACUCUCCUGUCGAACUCUCACGACUCUACUGUUCGGACAUGGGAUAUUCGACCUUUUGCUCCCGCAAAUCGCCAGAUCAGAACCUUUGACGGUGCACCCGUUGGGCUGGAGAAGAAUCUGAUCCGCGCUAGCUGGGAUCCUAAGGGAGAGAAGAUCGCUACAGGAAGUGGUGACCGAAGUGCGGUCGUUUGGGAUGUGAAGACCGGAAAGCUUCUUUACAAGCUCCCUGGCCAUAAGGGUACUGUCAACGACGUGCAGUUCUCCCCCAAUGAUGAACCUAUCAUCGUUUCUUGCUCUUCCGAUCGCAAUCUCUUGCUUGGCGAAUUAGGGAAAUAA